AUGCUUGGGAACACAAGACGCUCGCGAGGUUCGUUCUCUAUACAGAUUCCACCUUACAUGCAGCAGUUCCCGCUCUGGUGGUUAUGCAGUCUCGCCAGCGGAUACCCCGAAUGCCCAGAGAAUCCAGGGUCCAGCCUCCAAUACCUCUGGCAUCGUGUGCAGCUCUCCGCUGCACCAUGGAACCAGUUCAUGCAGCAGCAACUCUGUGCGCUGCAGGACUCGUGGAUAUUUUCGACGCUGCAAGCCACCGGCGAUAGCUUCUCGAAUCCCCCAGCGGUAUCCUGGCCACUAGCUCGAGGUUUGAGCGUUGCGCUCGACUCCCAGUGGACUCAAAUUCGAAAACGAAUCACCGAAUACGUCAAGCCGUUGACGCUGGAGUCGAUACCCACCCGCGUGCCGUACUUGGCGUCGCUUGAGGAGCGCCUCCGUCCUUCUCGUAUGCUCGAGUGCCAAAAGCAUCUCUGGGGACGGAUUCAGUCAAGAUCCGCGCAGUCUAACUCGGAGUCGCGGAGUUCCGUGCGAGCCACCUCGGACAACAGCAACCGCUACAGCGAGUGGCUUGCCAUCGUGUUGACCAUCGGUGCUACCGCGCUCUUUCUCCGCUGGAUCUACAUGGGUGUGCAUCGAUAUCCAACCGCCGCGCAUCUGCCUCCUCAUUAUCUGGCACUGCGAAAUCCCCGAACCGGGAAAAUCGAUGCGGGUCGACAGCUUCAUGGUCUCGUCGUGCAUGUUGGUGAUGGAGACAACUUUCGCGUACUGCAUACACCGUGGCUUCUGCGUUGGUGGAUCCGUCUGCGUUGGCGUCUGAGUGGCGGGCAGCUGCCCUACAAGGGGAAUCUCUCGAGUCAGACUAUUCAUGUUCGCCUCGCUGGAGUUGACGCACCAGAGUGCGCUCACUUUGGGCUUGCUGGACAGCGGUUCGGACCUCAGGCACGAGCAUGGCUACAACGCACCCUAUUAAACCAGCCGGUGAAGCUCUUGCUGUACCAGCGCGAUCGGUAUGGACGAAUCGUUGCGCACGUCUGGCGUCCGCGACGCAUACCGCUGCUCGGGCCGUUGUUGCCCGGACUUAACGUCAGUCUCGAAAUGGUUCGUGCCGGCUACGCGGAAGUUUAUCGGGGAGCUGGCGCCUGCUACGGUCAUCUCCGGGAAGCGCUCGAGUUGGCUGAGCGGCAGGCCCAAAAACGUCGUCUGGGCAUGUGGGCGCGCUCGGGUAGCCAUUUUCUCUCGUGUGCUGGUCACGUUGCCAUCCAGAGUACGCGGAAACUACGUAGCUCGCCAUGGCAGCAGCUCAUGGGCGCCCUCACUCGACCCAGUGCGUACAAACGACUCGUACAGGUAGUCAAACAACCGUGCGGCUCUUCCCCGGACUGGAAAACAGCCCCGGCAUCUCGAGUGGCAACUGCGAUUGCCGUAUCUGCGUCUCGCACUCCACACCAGCAGGGGCGACUCUUGGCGAGUAGAAUCCCCCCGAAAACGACCUCCUCAUCAGUCCUUCAGAUCAGGCCGCGUCUGCUGCUUCGAGCGCUCAGCACCGCGCUGUGUCAACGAUCAAGAAAGCGCCACAUCCUCGGAUCCUAG